UUGAGGGACCAAAUAACUGACUUUCAUCCCGGUGAAUGCCGCUGCUAGUACAGACGGUUUCCUCUGUCACUGACACAGCAAAAUAUCCAGAGCUUACUCUUGUGAUUGGGAAGGUCACUCACCACAGUAUUGAGCUGAGCUGGAUGAAUGAAGAGAAUAAACCUCGAAAUGACCCUCCUGAACGCUGGACCCGCUUCUCUGUGGAGCAGAUGGACCCCAAAACACACACAUACAGCACCGUAUACAUAGGGUACAGCACUCAUCAUCUUGUAGAGGGCUUGGAGUCCAGCACCUCCUAUAAUUUUAGGCUGAGGGUCACCAGAGCCUCAUGGGAGUGCAGCCUCAGCCCCGUGGUAUCUGUCUUCACCGCCCGAGAGCCUUUCAGUGGGAAGAACCUCCACCAGGCUGUGAACAGGGAGGAUGAGGAGGAGCUGACCACAGUUCUGCAGUCAGGAAUGGUCGACGUGGAUGUUUAUGACAAAAUGGGGUUCACCCCUCUCAUGGUGGCAGCACAGAAAGGUUUCACCAGCUUAGUGGACAUUUUAGUGAAGCAUGGAGCUGAUAUUAACAAGAGAGACAGCACUGGAAAAGACAGUCUAAUGCAGGCCUGUUUUGCUGGUCACCUGAACACAGUGAAGUAUCUGCGUAACUGCGGCUCCACAUGGCAGUCCGGAGACACGGACGGCUGCACGCCGCUCCACUGGGCUGUGGAUGGAGGACACCUGCCUAUCAUUACAUAUAUGAUCAAAGAUGGUUGUGAGGUGGAUGUGAUGGAUAAAGUGUCUCUCUGGACUCCUCUUAUGCGUGUGUCAGCCAUCAGUGGAAACGCUGCGGUCGCCUCCAUCCUCCUCCAGGCUGGAGCUGAUGUAAACAUCCGUGACAAAGCUGGCAAGACACCACUAAUGGUCGCUGUGCUGAAUAACCAUGUAGAGCUGGUGAAACUUCUGCUUGCCAGUGGGGCAGAUCACCACAUGAAGAACGAGUAUGGAGCAGGUGCAGCGGAUAUGGCAAAAGCAUUUGGGAGACAGAGCAUCAUAAACUUGCUGGAUAAUAUAAGCUUGGAAGAUUCAAAUCGACUGACAGCAGCAGGACAGUUCUGUUAUGGAGACAAGAUAUGAUCUUUAUCUUAAUGUCAUAUUUUACACUACAU